AUGCAAACUCAACAACUCAGUGCAUUCACGAAGAAAAACAUAUACGAGGAAUAUCCCACUGUAUUUUCAACUGUAUUCUACCCGUUUAAUUCUCACACAAGUGAACACAACAAUUUAAAGAAAACAAAGAAAACUGAAGUUGUGAAUGACUCUAUUAAUAAUAUUAGUCGUUUGUUACAAGCAAAAAGAGCAUCUGCAGACAGAGAUGCUGCUCAACAAGGAUUUUUAAUUUCAGUGUUGGCAUUGAAUGGAUUUGAAGUGAAAAUGAAUAAGUUGUAUAAGAAAGGGAAGACGACACACCAGUUAUAUGUUAUUGAUUUAAUUACAAGAGAGGGUACAGUGUACUUUAACUUGAAUGAUUUUCAUUUACCAUCUGAAAAUCUGAAACAAAAAAGAAGAAGCCAAGACGCUCUAACAAACAACAUAUUAAUAGAAAUCGCUGAAAAGUUCUGUGGCGCUGUUUUUAAAUUGAAAAAUGGGAAGAAAUCGAAUGUUUGUAUUCCAAUGAAGAGAAUACAAACAGCUAAUGUCAAUGGGGUGUUUUAUACUGCUGAAAAGAUCUUAGUCGAUGGAAUUUAUGAAAAUGAAAAUAUCAGAGAUAAUUUGAAAGAUGACGGUUUUGUUGUUAGUAACGAACAAAUUAAUUGCUCUUUGUAA